CCUGCUGGUCGCUGUGCGCGAUGGUGGAAAACCGCCCCUCUCGGCCACAGCCACUCUGCUCCUGGUCUUCGCGGACAGCCUACAGGAGGUGCUGCCAGAUCUCACGGAUCAUCCUGUCCCUUCUGACCCCCAGGGCGAGCUGCAGUUUUACCUGGUGGUGGCCUUGGCCUUGAUCUCUGUGCUCUUCCUCCUCGCAGUGAUUCUGGCUAUUGCUUUACGAUUGCGACACUCUUCCAGCCAUUCAGUCAAGAGCUGCUUUGGGUCAGUUCUCUGCUCAAAGCCUGGACCUGUGCUUCCCCCCAACUACAGUGAGGGAAUGUUGCCCUAUGCCUAUAAUUUGUGUGUGCCAGGGAAUCAAACAAACCCAGAAGUUAAUUUUCUCACAUCUGUUGAUCACUGUCCAGCGGCACAAGAUAUUUUCAACAAAGAUAGCUCUUCCAUGCUACUGGCUAGCAUUUUAACUGCCAGUAUUGAAGCAGACAAGACGACAUUUAACAAGGUAUUUAAAAUAAUGCUUUUUAUAUUCCAGUGUGCCAAUAUAUUCCAAUAUAAUGCUGUUAUUGGUAAGGUCCUAAUAUAAAUCUAAAUGAAACCUUUGGAUAUCACUAUUAAGACAAAAAUUUGCAAUACUUGAUCUUCCUAUUAUACAAAAACGUUUUAAGGUAAGUUUUUGAGGACUGGGAUUGUAGCCUAGUGAUAAAGUACAUGCUUAGCAUGCUUGAGGCCUUGGGUUCCACCCAUAGCACCAUACAUACAAUACACAGAGAUGAAAUCUCAGGGGAAAUUUUCAUGAAAAUAGACUUGGUUAGGGAUAUAGUAUACAGUUAUAUUCUUUUGAUAUUUCAAAUGACAAUCCAAAUAAUAUUCUAAUUUUAUGAAACGUUUCAUCUUUAUGUUACUCAAAAAAAGGAUAAGAAUUAGCCAUGCAUCCUACCUGAUGAUCUUGUGUGGACCAUGUUAUUUCUACAUCCACAAAUUCCAGCUCCUGUCAAUCAGUAGAAUAAAUUAAAACUUAACCUGCAAGUUAUUAGUUCCAGUAGUAUUUUUUGAAAACUUCAAAAAAAUUAAACAAGCCCUUUUAAUAAUCUCUGCUUUCAUAAGUGCUCUCGGUAAACUUCUGUCAUCACAUCACAUUGCAUAACUAUUGUUUGCGAUUUUAAGCUUUACAAGUACGUAUGAGUCACGAAAAGGUAAGUGUAAUAAUUUCUUUAUGUAACAAGACCAAGUUUUUCUUAAUCAUUGCAAUAAUAAGAUUGGGCUCUAGGCGCCGCUGUUCACCAAUCAGGGAAUGGGAGGCAGAGAGACACUGAGUUCCCCUCCCCGACCUCUACCACACAAAGCAGAAUGAGAUGGACACUCACCGAUCCUGAUGCUGGAAACUUAAAAGCGCUGUCUUCGGCUUUCUAAUAUAUUUUGGAUGCGGAAGGCCUGGGAAACAAACUGGCUCAAGACACUACGGAUUAUUUGCUCAGACCCUGCCAUGGAAAAUCCGCAACUGCGUAAGGAUCGCAGCGGGCUGCUCCUGCUGUGCUUUAUCCUGGGGACGCUGUGGGGUUUGGGGGACGGGCAGAUCCGAUACUCUGUGCCGGAAGAGACCGACAGAGGUUUCUUUGUGGGCAACAUCUCCAAGGACCUGGGGCUAGAGCCUCAGGAGCUGGCGGAGCGUGGAGUCCGCAUCGUCUCCGGAGAAAAGACGCAGCUUUUCGCUCUGAACCCGCGAGGCGGCAGCUUGGUCACCGCGGGCAGGGUAGACCGGGAGGAGCUCUGUGAGACGGUAUCCUCCUGCUUUUUAAGUAUGGAGAUUCUCGUGGAGGACACCUUGAAGAUUUAUGGCGUGGAGGUGGAAAUAAUUGAUAUUAAUGAUAACGCCCCUACCUUCCGGGAAGAGGAAGUAGAGAUAAAAGUCAGUGAGCACGCAACUCCUGGAUCGCGAUUUCCUCUUCCUAACGCUAGGGAUCCGGAUGUGGGGGCGAACUCUCUCCAGAGCUACCAGCUCAGCCCUAAUAGUUACUUUUCUUUGCAAGUGCGAGGGGGAGCUGAUGGGGUCAAGAAUCCGGAGCUGGUGCUGGAGGGAGGCCUGGACCGGGAGAAAGCAGCAGCUCACCACCUCCUCCUCACAGCGGCAGAUGGAGGCGAUCCCAUCCGCAAGGGCACCAUUCCCAUUCGCGCGGUGGUCCUCGAUGUAAAUGACCACAUCCCAAAGUUUACACAGCCUGUGUAUCAGGUGAGUGUUCCCGAAAACCUCAGCUCAGGAACUCGGGUGCUCGUGGUAAACGCAACAGAUCCAGACGAAGGGACAAACGGGGAAGUGAUGUAUUCAUUCCGAAAUAUGGAAAGCAAAGCUUCUGAAAUAUUCCAGAUGAACUCGAAAACUGGAGAAGUUCUAGUACAAGGACCUCUUGAUUUUGAAAAAUACAAAUUCUAUGAGAUGGAAAUUCAAGGCCAAGAUGGUGGAGGGCUUUUAACCACUGCUAAGAUGUUGAUCACAGUUGUAGAUGUGAAUGAUAAUGCCCCAGAAAUUACUAUUACCUCUUCUGUUAAUUCAUUGCUGGAAAAUUCUCCUCCAGGUUCAGUAAUUGCUCUUCUAAAUGUGCGAGAUCGAGAUUCUGGAGAAAAUGGUCAGGUCUCCUGUUUCAUUCCUAAUAAUCUUCCUUUUAAAUUAGAAAAGACUUAUGGAAAUUAUUACAAGUUGAUAACAAACAGUGAGCUGGACAGAGAGCAAAUCCAGAGCUACAAUGUAACACUGACAGCCAAAGACCAGGGAAGCCCACCCUUGUAUACAGAAGCUCACCUCUUGCUGAAUGUGGCAGAUGACAAUGAUAACCCUCCAGUUUUCUCCCAAUCCUCUUACUCUGCCUAUAUUCCUGAAAACAACCCCAGAGGAGCCUCCAUCUUCUCAGUGACUGCUGUGGACCUGGACAGCAAAGAGAAUGCCCAUGUCACUUACUCUCUAAUGGAGGACACUAUCCAGGGAGUGCCUCUAUCCUCCUAUGUAUCUAUUAAUUCAGAUACAGGCAUCCUGUACUCACUGCAAUCCUUUGACUAUGAACAGUUCCAAAACUUGCAACUGAGAGUGGCUGCACGUGACAGCGGGAACCCACCACUCAGCAGCAAUGUGUCGCUGAGCCUGUUUGUGCUGGACCAAAAUGACAACACCCCUGAGGUCCUGUAUCCCACCAUCCCUACAGAUGGUUCCACUGGUGUGGAGUUGGCACCCCGCUCAGCAGAGCCUGGUUAUCUAGUAACCAAGGUGGUGGCAGUGGACAGAGACUCUGGACAGAAUGCCUGGCUGUCCUACCGCCUGCUUAAGGCCAGCGAGCCAGGGCUUUUCAUGGUGGGGCUGCACACAGGCGAGGUACGCACAGCCCGGACACUGUUGGACAAAGAUGCGCUCAAGCAGAGCCUCGUGGUGUCUGUCCAGGACCAUGGCCAACCUCCCCUGUCGGCCACCAUAACGCUCACAGUGGCGGUGGCUGACAGCAUCCCAGAAGUUCUGGCCGACUUGGGGAAUCUGGAGUCUUCGGCCAAUCCUGAUGAAUCAGGCCUCACACUCUAUCUAGUUGUGGCCAUCACCGCAGUCUCCUGCAUCUUCCUCAUUUUCGUCAUCGUGCUGCUGGCACUCAGACUUCGGCACUGGCACUCCUCUCGCUUUCUCCAGGCAGCAGGCAGUGGAUUAGCAGGUUUACCCACCUCAAAUUUUGUAGGUGUGGACGGGGUGCAUGCUUUCCUGCAGACCUAUUCCCAUGAGGUCUCACUCACCAAGGACUCGAGGAAAAGCCACUUGAUCUUCCCGCAGCCCAACUACAUGGACACCCUUAUCAGCCAGGGGAGCUGUGAGAAAAGCGAGCCUCUCUCGAUAGACUCAGCUACCAUUUUGGGCAAAUAUGACCCAACAAAUAAUCAGGUGAGAUCUAUUUCUCUGCCUCCCAAUUUUUUAUAUCUUGCCACAAGUCUUUUAAGGGAAUUUUUGCUGAGCCUGUUAUGAAAACUGGGGUUUGGGUAAACAUAGUUCAUACAUAUUUAGAGUGAUGCAUGUGAGUUUGUGUACUUUACCUUUUAUCGGAUUGCCAUCAGCUUUCAGAAAGGCUUGUGAAAGUGUGAAAGUCUCAUUUAUAUUUUUAGACCUGGCAUAUUUUCCUUUGAUUAGAAAGGAUCAGUUCAACUACCAUGGCUUGCUUUGCAAUAAGGUGAAUUUUAGUAUUAUUUUUCUAUCAUCAUUGUCUGUCGCUAUCAGUGCAAACUGAUCAUGAUUCAAACUAAUGAUUUACAAACAUUUUAUUUAUUUCAAUUUCACAGUGUCUAUUUCAAUUUCUCAGUAUCUCCAUUGAUUUAUAGUUAUAUCCUACCAGCCUGUACUAUUACUUCUAAUGUUCACAUUUAACCUUGUUGAUGUAGUAGUACUCUCUCCUUGGCUCUUUCUGAUUUAUUUAUCUGUGCACACAUGAGUAUACAUAUAGGCUUUUUUCUGAGCAUGAAAUAAUUCUAUUUUACUUUUUGAAGGCUGGUAAUAUAUUUAGAUCUUGUUGACUUUCAACAUUGUCUCAUUUCUUUAUGCUAUCAAAACAGACAUAUUAACUAGGUUUUCUUGGAGAGAAAAUGCAGAAUUCUUUUUUUUUAAGUUCCAGAUAUCUUUUCUAUUACUAUAGGAAAGUCAUUAGAUUGUUCUUAAAGAAAUAAUUGAAUUGUUGGGCUGAUGUUAUUUCCUUUCAUUCUUUUACUUUAAUGUCUUUGUAGAUAGCUUUUGUUGUAGCAGAUUCACUUGUGGAAAUCAUUUUAAUCCAGGGUUUCUCAAAAAAUUGUUUUCAAAUAUGCUAAAAAUGGUUUCACUUUUCAGUUUCUUCCAGUGGAACAGGUGAGGUGAGCGAAGGUAUUAGGAUUUUAAAGAGACUGAUAUAAGUUCUAGGGGUAUGGCUCAGUGGUAGAGCAUGUGCUUCCUGGAGGUGAACUGUGGGGGGAUGGGGGACUGAGUAUUCCUCUGAAUAUUUUUUGUUCAUUUUCAGUUUACCUAGGAGUGAUGGAUUCUUCUCUCUCUUUCUUCUGUCUUUCUUUCUUUUUUCUUUCUUUUAUAAGCACAUUUUGUAUUACAUAUAAGUAUAUUGAAUUACAGUCUUUAGAAACAACUUGUUAUUGAAGUCUUGGUGGUUAUCUAAUUACAUUCAUGUUAUCUGAAGCAAGAUCUAGGAAAGCCAGGUGAGGUGGAGACAUGUAUGGGCUGUUUGAUCACAGGAUUCAUUUCCAUAAUCAGUUUAGCUCAGCACUCUCCCACUGGCUUCUAAGUCUUUGACCCAAAUUAUGUGUAUGUUGUAUGUUAAUGUUCCCUUUCAAGUUCCCUUAAGAGGUGACCUUCUUAUAAUUAACUGGAAAUUGAUUAGUUCUUGGACAAAAAAUUCCAACAGCAGGAAAGGCAAACCUUCUAACAGAUGCCUAAGUUUGUCUGGGAGUCAAGAAAAAUUAAUGAAAAGUAUAUAAUAUACUUGACUGGAAGAGGUAAGUCAUUCCAUGUUUUUAAGCACAGUCUAAACUAGUUAACAGUGGAUAACCAAUAUCUUGGAGAACAAAAAGGAAAGAUUGGCUUUGAAACUUGGUAUUAAGG